UGAGGGACUCUGGACGAACUGAGACUGUCUUUGUUCACGUGGAGCUGCAGGAGAAGGGUCUGUGUCUGUCUCUACUGUGCAUCAUGGGGCGAGCGAGAGAUGCUUCGCUGCUGAGAGUGUGGUGCUGGAGUUUCAUCACUGUGUGCCUCUGCUCUUCUGCCUCAGAGCGGGUCUCGAGCGCGCAGCUGGACCUCACCGAGCUCAUCGGUGUUCCUCUGCCUCCGUCUGUGGCCUUCAUCACGGGCUUCGAGGGCUUCCCGGCGUACAGCUUCGGUCCGGACGCUAACGUGGGUCGUCUGACGCGCUCCUUCAUCCCCGACCCGUUCUACCGUGACUUCUCCAUCAUCGUGACGGCCAGACCCAGCACGCGGCGCGGAGGAGUGCUGUUCGCCAUCACAGAUGCACUGCAGAAGAUCGUCCAUCUGGGAGUGUCUCUGGCUCCGGUGGAGGACGGGUCCCAGCGCGUGGUUCUGUACUACACCGAGCCCGGGGCCGCUCGCACACAGGAGGCGGCGUCCUUCAAGAUGGGCGAUCUGACGGGCCGCUGGGCGCGCUUCACACUGGCGGUACAGGGAGAGGAGGUGCGGCUGUACAUGGACUGUGAGGAGCACCACCGCGUCGCCUUCCGCAGGAGUCCAGACGGACUCACCUUCCAGCCCAGCUCCGGCAUCUUCAUAGGGAACGCCGGAGGAACCAGGCUGGAGCGCUUUGUGGGCUCGAUCCAGCAGCUGCUGUUGUCGGCGGAUCCCAGCGCUCCGAACGAACAGUGUGAGGAGGACGAUCCUUACGCGUCUGGAUUCGGCAGCGGUGACGACAUCUACGAUGACACGGAGACACCAAACGAGGUCAAGAAAGUGAUUGAAGAGAGAGAAUAUACCAUGCCUGAGGAUAUAGAGAGUGGUCCGAUGAGAGCGCCACCUACUGAGUCUCCCUCGUCCAUCACUGAGACGGAUGAUGAGGACCUGGAGGAAGGCUCUGGAGAGGACAUCAUCAUCAGCAGCGGUCCAAAAGAGCCGAUCAGAUCAGAAGGAGCUUUGCAGGACAGAAAUGUCAUCACCAUGCAGAAAGGAGAGAAAGGAGAGCGAGGUCCCCAAGGCCCUCCAGGACCUGCAGCUCCACACACACCAGGAGAACCAGGGCCCCGGGGCCCUCAGGGGCCAGCAGGACCGCCUGGAGAACCAGGACAAGACGGCCAGCCUGGUGUUCCUGCCAAAGACGGAGCUCCGGGAGAGACUGGACCUCCGGGAUUCCCGGGCCUUCCUGGAGAUCCGGGUCCCAAAGGUGACAAGGGCGAUCCUGGUGUGGGCAUCCCGGGACCGCCUGGACCUCCCGGACCGCCAGGGACAUUCAAGUAUCCGGGCGGCAUCGACGGCUCCGGGUCAGGCUUUGUGGAUGAGGACAGUGAGACAGAGCUGAUACGGGGUCCUCCAGGGCCACCGGGGCCACAGGGCCGUCCAGGACCCCCGGGCCCUUCUGUGGGAGCUCAGCCGGGGCCGACCGGUCCUCCUGGAGCUCCUGGAAGAGACGGGGAGACGGGGAAGCCUGGACUCCCGGGUGAGAAUGGGCGAGACGGUCAAACAGGCAAAGACGGAGAGAAAGGACAGAAAGGUGAAGCAGGUUUACCUGGACUCAUGGGACCCAAGGGUGAUGCCGGUCAGCCGGGGCUCCCAGGACAGACGGGAUCCGAGGGCCCCAGGGGUCAGCCGGGUCCUCCAGGGCCUCCAGGACAGGGCUUCAGCUUCGACAUGAUGGAUCUGGAGGGCUCGGGUCUGGAUGGAAGCAGUGGUUUCAGACCGGUUCUGCCCAGAGGACCACCUGGUCUGCCCGGGCUCCCAGGACCUCCAGGACCACAGGGUAAAGAAGGAGCCGUCGGUCCUCCGGGUGUUUCAGUGAAGGGGGAGCCGGGCGCUAGAGGAGGCGAUGGACAGCCUGGCUCAUCUGGACCUACUGGGCCACAAGGGGAAAGGGGAGAGAAAGGUGAUAUGGGUCAGAAGGGAGAGAGAGGUCAGGAUGGAAUCGGUUUACCUGGACCCCCGGGGCCCCCUGGACCGCUCAUCAACCUACAUGAGUUGAUGCUGAAUGACACUGAAGGAAUCUUUAACCUCUCACAGAUUUUUGAAGCACAAGGACCAUUGGGACCGAGGGGUCCGAAGGGUGAUACCGGGGCCCCGGGGUUUCAGGGGCCUCCAGGAUUAAAGGGUCAGAAAGGCGAGCCGGGGACAGUGUCUGGAGUUCAUGCGCCGCAGGGACCCACAGGACUGAAGGGAGAUCGAGGCGUUCCUGGACCUCCGGGGCAAACGGGCCCCAUCGGACCCGCUGGACCUAAGGGAGAGUUUGGAUUCCCAGGACGUCCGGGUCGUCCAGGGGUUAACGGACGUAAGGGUGAAAAAGGAGAUUCUGUCGCUUUACCUGGUCCGCCGGGACCGCCUGGGCCUCCAGGACGACCGGGAAUCUUCAGCUGUCCUAGAGGAACCGUGUUUCCAGUCCCUCCUCGACCCGGCUGCAAAAUGCCCGUUAACAGUGAUUCUACACAAGAGGGCGCCAGCAGAGACCUGCCAUCAUCAUCCUCAUCAUCUUCAUCUUCAUCAUCCUCGUCGUCCUCCUCCGGAAACACACUGGGAACCAGAGUCACGGCUGAAAAGGGUGACCAGGGUUUCGGAGGAGAGAAAGGAGAAGCUGGGAUGCCAGGGCUGCCGGGGAGAUCCGGUUCAGCACAGGGGGCUAAAGGAGAAUCUAUCAUCGGACCCCCUGGUCAUCCAGGACCACGAGGACCCCCCGGUGCACCAGGUUUGGGGAGAAUCGGUGUGGCUGGACCUCCUGGACCGCCAGGACCUCCCGGACCUCCUGGACAACACACAUCUGGCGUGAUGAUCCCUGGCCCUCCUGGACCCCCCGGACCCCCGGGACGAGCCGCUGACGCCUCCAGCGCCGUCAGGACGUGUGUGAGUCUUCAGGCGCUGAGACAGCAGUCGUCUGCGGUGGAGGACGGGACGCUGGCUCUGGUUCUGGACUCUAGUAAACUCUUUAUAAAGGUUCCCGGAGGCUGGAGAGAGGUGCAGCUCGGCGGACUGAUAGAGACGCAUUCCCCCGUCCUCUCGCAGGAUGAUGCUGGACCCCUGAUUCUGACCCCACACAUCAGAAACACACCCAUAACACACUCCGGGAAUGCACUCAGGUUGGUGGCUCUCAACACACCGCUGACCGGAAACCUGGGCUCCAUCCACUCGGUCAAUAAACUGUGCCGGACUCAAGCUCAAGCCAUGGGCAUCAGAGACGACUACAAGGCCUUCCUCUCACACCACCUACAGGACCUGAUUGACACCGUGCAGCCCAUGUACCGAACAAACAUGCCGAUCGUCAACCUGAGGGGUGAGCUCCUGUUCAAGAACUGGGACAGCAUCUUCUCCGAUCACCUGCUCCCCCCCGGCGUCCCGCUGUACUCCUUCGACGGGCGAGACGUGCUGAGCGACCCCUUCUGGCCCCAGAAGGCGCUGUGGCACGGUUCUUCAGAGAGAGGCGAGCGUCUGUCCUCUCUGAACUGUGAGUCGUGGAGAGCGAGUGACAUGGCCAUCACCGGUCAGGCGUCGUUCCUCUACAGCGGGUUACUGAACCAGCAGACACGCAGCUGCUCCAACCGCUUCAUCGUCCUGUGCAUCGAGACCAGCCACGACCACAGGACCAUGGAGGAGCUCCACACGGCACGGGACCGCCACAGGAGAUGGUUCCACGGAUACUGAAGCGUUCGCUCGCACGGAUGGAGGAGAAGCCGUGACCCAUCGAGCUCAGGCUCUGGCCACAUGAACUUUAACACAAUCAAAGCCAUGGCUCCAGAAUGUAAAGUGUUUUGGCUGACUCCCAGUGAUGGACUGGGACAUGGCCGUCAUUUCUAUGCACUGUACUUUUCAUAUUGUAUUUUUGGUGUCGAUUUUCCAAAGAAAAGUCUUUUUUUUUGAUCACGUCAUUUAUUUGUUUCUUACUCUUUGUAUUUAUUUUAAUUUCAAUGUUUUAUUUAUACAGCGACCGGACAUCAUUCAAAAAUGAGUAUGGAUAAAUAUGUAUUUUUUUGUUGUUUCUGGAUACUGCAUCCGUUUUACUGAUAUAAUCAAUCUGACGAAGAGAUCAGAUCACCAUCAAAUCACCUUUUCAUUGAUUUUUUAAAGCACAUAAAUUGAAGCAGUGUUUGUCUGUUGAAUAAAACAUUUUUUUCCAA